UAUUUUCUCCUGCUGGCAAGAGGAAGUUUGGUGUGCUGGAGAGAGCAACAGUAAAGCUAACUCUCCUUGGCUGGCACAGCAAUAGGCUUACCUCCUUGGAAGACUGCACGUUCUUGUAGUGUGUUAUUAUGUUGCCAAAGAUGCCUAUUAUGCAGAAGAGCAGGAGCACUUUGCCCUUCUCGUCACUUUUUGAACUUUGACCGCUUGGUCAGGAUUGAUUAUAAACCCAGGUGCUAAUUAUGCUGCUUCUCAUUUCACCGAACAGAGGUGUGUUGGCAAUGCUUCUGUGCUGUGGCCAGUGUCUCUAGGACAAGACCUGUGAAGUAAAAUGGUUGAGGAGGAAGCUAAGAGCUCACCUAUGGAGCUGAGUGAGAAGAGGGGUGUGGAGAACAAUGGAUUUGUUCAAAAUGAGGCUUCUGAGGACAAGGAGACCAACCCCAGUACCCAAGAAGAAAUGCCAAAAGCAUGCAUUGUUGAUGCAGACCCAGCAGCUAUGGAGGAGCCGGUGCUGAAGCCCUAUGCAGGGAUGCCGAAGGAAGUCUUGCUGAAGUUCUCCAGCCAAGCCCGGUACAGAGUCACCAGGGAGAUCCUCUUCUGGCUCAUAAUUGCCACUGCUGUCCUGCUUGUGGGUGCCACGAUUGCCAUUAUUGCUCUGUCUCCAAAGUGCCUCGACUGGUGGCAGGCUGGUCCUAUUUAUCAGAUCUAUCCUCGUUCCUUCAAGGACAGCAACAUGGAUGGGAAUGGGGAUCUGAAAGGUAUCCAAGAAAAACUGGACCAUAUUACAUAUUUGAAUGUAAAAACUAUCUGGAUCACCUCUUUCUAUAAAUCCCCCUUAAAAGACCUUGGAUAUGGUGCUGAAGACUUCUAUGAUGUUGAUCCCAUGUUUGGAUCGAUGAGCGAUUUUGAGAACCUGCUUGCAGCCAUACAUGACAGAGGGCUAAAAGUGAUAAUGGAUUUAAUACCAAACCACACCAGCGACAAACACCAGUGGUUCCAGCUGAGCCGCAAUCGCACUGGCAAGUACACGGACUACUACAUCUGGCAGGACUGUGGGCAUGCUGCGGGUUCAGUCAUUCCCCCAAACAACUGGGUGAGUGUCUAUGGGGAUUCCAGCUGGCAGUUUGACGAUGUGAGACAGCAGUGUUAUUUUCAUCAGUUUGGGAAAGAACAGCCAGACUUAAACUUCCGCAACCUCGCUGUCCAACAAGAAAUCCAUGACAUUAUCAAAUUUUGGCUUGGCAAAGGAAUUGAUGGAUUUAGUUUCAGCGCUGUUAAAUUUCUUCUGGAAGCAAAGCAUCUCCGAGAUGAGCCUCUAGUGAACAAGUCCCAGAAUCCAGAGAAUAUCACAGCCUAUUCGCAACUCUACCAUGACUACACGACCACACAAGUUGGUAUGCAUGAUAUCAUCCGUAGCUUCCGUCACACUAUGAAUCAGUACAGCAGUGAACCUGGCCGAUACAGAUUUAUGGGUUCUGAUGGUGAUGAAAAGGAAGACAUGGAAGCAACAAUGAUGUAUUAUGGAACAACUUUUGUCCAAGAAGCAGAUUUUCCCUUCAAUGUCAACCUAAUUAACAUGAAAAAUCUAUCAGGCAACAGUAUUUUUGAAGCUGUCGAUUUGUGGAUGAAAAACAUGCCUGAAGGGAAAUGGCCAAACUGGGCGGUUGGAAGCCCCAGUGCCGCUCGGCUUUCAUCUCGGAUUGGGAGGGAGUACGUCAAUGUUAUGAACAUGUUGCUUUUAACCCUCCCUGGUACUCCAGUAACUUACUACGGUGAAGAAAUAGGCAUGCAGAACAUCGCAUCAGAAAUUGUGACCUUUCCAGAGAAAUCCCCCAUGCAGUGGGAUGGCAAACCUAAUGCUGGUUUUACUGAGGGCAACAGUAGCUGGUUACCUGUUAACCCUGACUACGAAAGUGUCAAUGUUGAAAUCCAGAUGACGUGGUCCAACUCAACCCUGAAUUUGUACAGAGAGCUAACUUCACUUCGCAAUGAUGAGCUCCCCAUCCAUCGGGGCUGGAUGUGCUACAUCUGGAAUGACAGCAAUGUUUUUGUGUACGUGAGGGAACUGGAUGGGUUACACAGAGUCUUUAUGAUGGUUCUCAAUUUUGGGCAGGAAUCAACAAUAGACCUGAAAGCUGUUGUUCCUAACCUUCCAUCUGAAGCUACUAUAAGACUAAGUACUAAUUUUAGCAAUGCUGGUAAAGCUGUCAAUACCAAACAAAUUAAAACUGAAAUGGGAGAAGGCCUCAUCCUUGAAUAUAAAACGGCAAAGCCUGUUCACACUAUGGAAGCUUUUGAAGGAAAUUGUUUUGUGGCAGAAAAAGCUUGUUAUUCCAGUGCCUUCAAUUUACUCUAUGCAACCUGUUAAGUGCAGGAGCAGAAUAACCAAGCUUUUAUGUUGAUUUAGAAAAUGUUGGUUUCAGCGAAGUGUUAAAAAAAUUUCAUUUUGUCUUUUAAAACUUCGUCUGUGUACAAAAUAAACAUCCUGAAAAGAAAUGAAAAUUAAAGCAGAAAAAUAAAAAAUAUCUGGAAUUAAAGCAGAUAUCUGAUGGUCUUGCAUCUGUACUGGUGACGUAAAAGAGACAGUAUGGUACAGAUGCCCCCUUAGAGUCUGUGGAGAAGAAAAGUAAACCCGUCACAAAAAACUGUCCUGUUAGAGUGCAUGUGCUUCUGUGAGGAAAUUGAACUGGUGCUUCCUGGGUGCUGCCCUUAUGGUUGCUGGUCAUUAAGAGCUCCUGUGGAAUCCAAAGCCUGUGGCAGUUCAUGAAGUAACUUUAAAAAAGGCUGUAGAUUUGUAAAACGUACUCUAAAGGGGUGGCCCUGUAUUUAUUAAAAUAGGUAAAAGCAAGCAAGACUAAUAUAUAAAGUCAUGAUGGCUUACCUCUUCUCUCAACUCUAACAGCUCUGAUUAUCCUCAAAAUUAGUAAGAACAACAAUAAAAUAUAGCAAAUAUGUCCAAUUCUACACUCAGGACUGCAUUUCCAACUGAUUCUCUCACACUCCCUCUCUUCCCCCCACUUCCCCUGCUGAAUUAGAGUGCAUUUGCUUUCCCCGAUUCCUUUUUCUACCCAAGUAGGUAGGUGAGGUGGGCAUGCGUUAGCUCAGAGUAAGCAACUGAAACAACUCUACUGAAUGUCACACGUUCACAGGUUUUGAUCUGCACUGAGUGUACCUACAGUGCACCUGCAGUGACACAAAGGAAGGAUAAGCAUUUGACUUAGUGCAACCUGUUUUGGACACAGGGGUGAUCUGGGGAACUCUAUUUCAGUUUGAGGACCUUAUGGCCUCCUAGUGUAUUUUUCACUAACUAGUGGUACCAUUAGCUGCCCCAAACAUCUGUCUUAACAAAUAAUGUGCAGCAGUUUGGCGCCUUGCUCAGAGGUCAGCUCAGUUAAGAAUCAGGCUGCUUCGGUGCGGCCAUUCUUUGUGUUUUAUCCUCUGGAGAAGCUCUGGCAUCUCCUUCUGGGGUGUUCCUCUUGUCUUCCAGAGGACUUUGUCACCUCUUUUUUUUUUUAAGAUUACCAUGCUAGCUAAGGUAACUGCAAGAUUUUGAAUCUACUCAGAUGAGAGAGUUCUGCUAAGAUUCCUGUUCCUGAAAGCUCAUUUCUUUUUUGCAGUUUGUCUGAUCCCACCAUAUGACAAGUACAUUACAGCUGCUGUGUAGCUAGGAAGGGCAAUAGUCAUCAUCAUCUAUGCAUGGGAAUUAGUUUUAGAAGACCCCAGUGAGACUUCUAAAUCAAAUACUUCUUGGGAGUUUUACUACCUUGUGUAAAAUGUGGUUUUGAAAUAGAGGUCUGAGACUGGCAAGGCUGUGAGCACAGAGUGCAUGUACUUCACAUGCUGGGCUUUACACACCAACCGCUGCGCUUCAGCACCGUUGUAACAGUGCUGCGCUGCUCAUGUAUGUGAACAGAACUGUACUGAACAUGUUGAUUAAUGCAGGUGAUUACUUCUGUAUUCUGGCAGGGGAGAAAUUCAGCUAUUAGUUUGUAUGUUUAUAAGCCAAUGCCACACCAACUUUGUCUUUGAAUUUGUCUGCUUAUGCCCACAAAGCAGGAAUCCAAGAGGAGCAAUCUCUGGAGAAGGUGUUCAUUUUUCAUAUAAAUAAAAAUCUGACCCAAAGUUCU